CAGUGGCAGCCAGCCCGCUCCCAUGCCUUCCUGACUCCUGGUGAGCUCUGGAGUGGUGACAGCAUGUCUGCAUGGAGCUGUGCAGCCCCAGCUUGGGGUGGGAUAGGAAGAGAACAGGGCUAGCGACACAGCAGGAAGGAAACUGCUCACACUGGGGAAAAUCACUUGGCAGCACAUUGGUCUUGCAAGGAAAUCACCCUAGCUGUGCUAUCAAGCAUCCGAAAAUACUGGUUGGAAUUGAAAACAUGCCUGGGGGAACACCCACAGCAUGACCCAUCUGGGGAGGAGUAGACAGCCGGGAAUGCUGCCCCACUGCCCUGGCUGCUGGGGCAAGGGACGUGCUGGGAGGAGAGCACUGCCAGCCACGGUGUGACGCAGCACCGGGUGCUGAUGGGAGCCAAAGUCAGUGACAUACCUCCAUGGCUUCGUUGGAUGUGGUGGUAAGUGUGCCUGCCCAAGGAUGGAGCCGGGAAGCUCCUGACACUGCUGAGAUGCUGUCCCCAGGGGCACCUGGCCAGGCGUUCUGCUGCUCCAGAAUGGACCUGGCUGAGGCUUGAGUCGCUGCUGCGGGGGAGAAAGAAAAUCUGCAUCCCUGCAGCCAGAGCCAGAUGGGGGCGCAAAGAGGUUUCCUAGCCUGGGAGCCGUUCCUGGAGCAUGGGAGAGCAGGGGUCCCCAUAUCGGCACGGGGACCGGUGGCACUCAGUGCUUGGUUCCUCGAGCUGCAGCCAGUGAGGAGUGGGGCAGAGCUGCACAGCGCGUAUUGCCCUAUCCAUCCAGACCUUAUCAGUGGUAGGAAAGCCUUGCUUGUAGAUGUGAAUGGCUUGUUGUCCCCUGGAGCAAGUGUGCAUCCCACAGAUGUGCCUAUGGAAGUGCUCUCUGUCCCCUGGCAUAGGUGGACCAAGUGUGAGCACCGAGCCGGACACCGCAGCACCAGUCCCUGUGGCUGCAGUUCAGCCCCUGACCCAAACUCACUCUUGCAGAGCAUCUUGUCAUGGCAAGCACCCACACAGAAGAGCCACUUGCUGAGAACACAGCCGACCAUGAUGCACACAUCUAUGAGGAGGUGAUGCUCUGUGAGAGGAUGGAGCACAGCCAGCGGCUGGCUGUGGAGGAGCUCAUCACCACUGAAGCCAGCUAUGUGCACAACCUCCAGCUGUGCCUGUCCGACAUCCGGGCGCACCUCCAGAAGAAGCAGCUGCCUGGUCUUGACCUGGAAGGACUCUUCUCUAACAUUGAUGACAUCCUCCAUGUCUCCAGACGGUUCCUGAGGGGACUUCAGGACACUGCUACCCAGGAGCAUGAGCAGCUGCUCAGCAUCAGCACUCUGUUCCAGGAGUUCAAGGAGGAGAUGGAGAUGGUCUACAAGAUCUACUGUGCUAGCUAUGAGCAUGCCCUCCUUCUGGUGGAGAGCUACCGUAAGGACCCCAGGCUGCAGGAGGAGAUCAUGGAGACCCUGACCACGACAGUGCCUCACACAAGCGCUUCGGACCUCAGCUUCUUCCUGGUGAUGCCGGUGCAGAGAGUCACCAAAUACCCACUGCUGCUGGGCAAGAUCCUGGAGAACACCCCUGCCAGCACCAGCUCUCACGCAGCCCUCGCUGCAGCCGUGCGUGCCAUGACCCAGGUCAAUGCCAACAUCAACGAGUACAAGCGGCGCCGGGAAGUGGCCACCAAGUACAACAAGGCUGAGCAGCUGACGCUGCGGGACCGCUUGGCUCGGCUCAACACCCAUUCCAUCGCCAAGAAGACCACGCGGCUGAGCCGGCUCCUCAUGCACGAGGCCGGCAUCGUGGCCAAGACAGAGGACAAGGAGUAUGAUGACCUGGAAGAGAAAUUCCAGAGCGUGGCAUCCAGUGUGGUUGCACUGAAGGAGAACGUGGCAUCCUACCUGAAGCAAUUAGAGGCAUUCCUGCUGCCCACCCCACACAAGUGUGAGCUGCAGAUGGAGGAGGGCCCUGCCCAGCAGUACCGCCGCCUCGCAGAGCACCUCCACUGCGCUGUGUUCCCAGAGUUUAGGCGCCGGCUGGACAGGCUUGUCUGGCAGCCCCUCUGCAGCCUGGCAGAGAUGCUGGUGGGGCCGCAGCAGCUGGUCAAGAAGCGCCUGGACAAGCUGCUGGACUACGAGGAGAUUCAGGAGAGGAGGAGCGAAACGGGCAACGUGACAUAUGAUGAGGAAGCAGCCAUGAACACCUAUCUGGCCAUCAAUGCCCUGCUUGUGGCUGAGCUCCCGCGCUUCAACCAGGUGGCCAUGCAGCUCCUGGAACAGCUCCUGGGCUCCUUCUGCGUCCUGCAGCAGGACUUGGCUGCAGAGGUUCUGCAUGAGGCUAAAAAGGAACUAGAGCAGAUGCCCCAUGGCCACAUGCUGCUGCCCGCUUUCUGGAGGCUGGUGGAGGACACCCUGCAGCAGUCAGGAGUUCAGCUCUCUACCUUCAUCCAGGCAUUUGAGACUGUCACACCAAGCCCUGUGCCACAGCCCCUGAACCCUGCUGAGGAGCGGAAGGUCCUUUCCCUUGUGAGCAAACACGGCCCAGACAAGCUUUACCAAGUGACAAGCAACAUCAGUGGCAGCAAAGACAUGGACCUGACCUUGCAAAGGGGGCAGAUUGUGGCUCUGCUGCAAAGUGUGGAUACUAAAGGCAACAAGGGCAGAUGGCUUGUGGAUGCUGGAGGACCCCGAGGGUUUGUGCCUGCUGCCAAACUCCAGCCCUAUUGCCUGGGACCAAGCCAGCAGCCCAGGAUGCAGAUGUCAGCCCUGGAGAGUGGUACAGAGAGAAGGCGACAUUCUUAUGUGUCACCUGAAGCUCCUAAACCCCAGGUGGCCACAUUCACCCCGGCUUUCCAGGUGGUCGCUGGCUUCUCCUUCACAGCGCGCAGCCCGCAGGAGCUCAGCCUGCAGGCUGGGCAGCCCGUGGUGGUGCUGGAGCCACACGACAAGAAGGGCAGCACCGAGUGGAGCCUGGUGGAGGUGAACGGGCAGCGGGGCUACGUGCCCUCCAGCUACCUGCGGACAGUCCCUGUGCAGGAGCCCGUGGGCUGGAAUCUGCCCGUGUGAGCAGCACCAGCGCAGCACCCGAUGGCUUCGUGCCGCUCACGGAGGAGAGCUGUCUGAUUGGCACCCGAUGAGCUCGUUGCUGAGGGAGUGGCUGCACAGCCCUUGCCUGGGGAAGCAGCAGAAUGUGGCCCAGGGGCGGUUGCAAGUGGGGAGAUGUGCUUUGUGCCGCUGUGCACAAGGGCAGGAAAGUGCGAGGGUGCCACGUCCAUGUGUGUUUGCUUCUGGCUGGGCAGCACGGAGAGAAGACUUGGGAUGGAGUGACAUGUGGCUGCAGCUCGGCAGGGAUUCAUUUUGGUGAGAAAAAUGCCUGUAGUGGUGAUGAGAGAACCAUCCCUGAGUAAAUCACGUCUGAGCUGCAAAGACCGCAGUGCUGCAAACGGGGCUCCAGCCUGGCACGUGUCUCUUGGAGACGUGCUCUCCACAAAACGGGCGGGAUGACGCUCCCUUGUGCCCACCCACACGGCCCAUCGCCAUCUGGGCAUUGGUUGCCCCCGACGCCGGCGCUCUGUCACCUCUCGGCCACCAAGCCCUACUCCUGCUACCUGCACUGCGGUGCGGUGCUGCCGAGGGCCGCUGACGCUCGCGGCGCGAGAAGCGCUCUGUGCGCGACCGCAGCUCUUGGCUGUGACGGUACGAGACUCCGGUGCGGCAGCAGCCGUGCCCGGCCCCGUGCCCACGGUGUGGCUGCGUGGCCGCGAGGUGGCGGCGCCGUCCCGGCACAGCUCAGCUCAGCUCAGCACCGCAGCGCCGCGCCUCCCGCCCGCGGCUCCUCCGGGAUCUUCCGUUGCCAAUCGCAUCGCGUGGAUCCUCGGUGCCCGCGGACGUUCCCUGCAGAUGCUCUCCCCGGGACGUGCGCUGUUACGCGGUGUGAGGACGCGGGACACCGACAUCUCUCACUUCUCCCAUUCUAUCACCCCAACUGCGCUGCUGCACAGAGGCUUCGGCUGCUCCCUCGGGGUCAGCGCAGGGCACGGGUCCCUUCCAGCCCAACCACGAGGAAGAAUAAAGGGCACAAGCGUGCCUUUAAAUAGCGCGGCGAGGACACGCUCUCCCGAGAGGAACGCUCUGGCCGGGCUGGUGGAACAUGCCUGUGCCCGGGGGGCGGCUCCUGGCCAGGUGCCCACCUCAAGGUCAGGCAUCGCCCAGAGCAGCAGCACGGCAGCAGGGCCGUGUGUGGGGCAGCCGCUCACCAGCCUGGGUUCCAGCUCGCGCAGGGCUCUGGUGGCGGUGGAGCUGGGUGGCACUGCUGCCCACAGCCUCCGCUGGCCAGCAAGGGACUCGGCGCUGGCACUGUGCCUGAGCUGAUUCAUAUCCUGGACAUGCUGGCAUUUGGAUGGUGUCCACCCAGAGGGUGCGACAACAAGGAUCAGAUCUGACCUGCUGGCCCUGGGCCGGCUUGUUUGUGUGCGAGGCGCACAGUGACCGAGGCACGGCUGGCAUCGCCGAGGGAAGAACGGCAUCCAUGCAAACUCCAAGGCCUGGUUCCCAAACCUGGGUCCAUCCCAGGGACGCAAUGUGUGCAGGGCUGUGGUGUGUAGGGAACGCAGGGCUGGAUGCAGAGCAGCACGUGCAGCAGGAUCUCAGGACCCAAGGUACCUGCAGUGCUGCGCUGCUGGGGGGCUGAGCCCCGCAGAUGGUGGCCACAGGGCUGGGAGUUAGGAGCACAGGCAUGAGCGGCACUGCUUGCUCCCGUCUUGCACAGCCAGCACCUGAAUUGUUUAAUAAAGUGUGAAAUUGCUUUCAUGCUCUGCUA